CUAAUUGCAGAAAUCUCAAAGCAUUAGUAGUGAUAGCAUGAUUGAGUUGGCAAAGAAACGGGCAAUAGUCUAUUUUUCAGCUUAUACCAAUCAUAAUCCACUUAACUGUGUGCUGGCCACUUCAUCCUCAGUGAUGGCAAAAAUGAAUGGCCUCAUGAGAGUGCUUUCUCGGGCAUGUUAUUCUUCUUUGGCAUCCCAAAAAUCACAUAAUCAAUGGGGCAUAGUAGGGGUGGAUAGGGAUUCAUGGAAUAACUCGCUUAUGAAAGGGGAGACUAGAGCGACAGGUAUGCAAUGGAUUUUUCUUGGUUGUCCUGGAGUUGGUAAAGGAACAUAUGCCAGCAGGCUUUCUCGUCUUCUAGGAAUUCCUCACAUUGCGACAGGGGACCUUGUUAGAGAGGAGCUCACACAAUCUGGGCCUUCUGCAAGUGAGGUACUAUUUCUAAGGCGAGGAUAGCAGCGAGGAAACAUCGACUGAAGGUUGUCCAAGAGGGCUUCUAUCCGGAGUCAUUGAUAUCAUCCCGAUGGAAGAAGAUCAUAGAUACAAACAUGGAAUACCUGGACAUGAAGCAAGUGAAGAAUCACCUUCCUUCAACUCUAUUGGCUAAUAUCAUGAAGAGUGGAAUUUAUCAUGCAGCAGGAUUUCCACCUUCCAUCCAAUGCAAUGAACUUGUAAUUGAAUGUACAAAACAUUAUGAUCUGCAAACCAGAAUGAUCAGAUCACCUAAGGGAGCAGUUUUGCAUAUUUAGCUGAAGAAUCAACUGGAGAAGUGUUUUGUAAUAUCCCCAUUUUAGCUCACCAUGGUUUAUGCUUGGUUGAGCCUACCACUGGGUCCUUGUAGGCUAAUAUUGGUGAUUAGAGGACCCUAUUGUGGAGUUUUUUUGGCUCUCUAGAGGGCAGUUGUCUAUGUUUUCAUCUCCAGAUCCUUCAUAUGUUUUGAGGCAAUUGAUAUUCAGGGGUUUCUGGCUCUACACAUACUUACUAUUUAUAGUAAGUUGGACAUUAGAGACUCGCCUUACUAUUUUUAGUAAGGCAUCUAGAUUGACAGUGGGAACUAUGGGCUAG